AAGGACUUUACUUUUUUUCUAUAUGAACCAAUGUUUGCUUCCUUGCUACUAAACACUAAAUAGGCAACAGUUUCAGGAGAAGGAAUCAGAGCUUAAAAGGGAGCAAACUCCACAAAGAAUCGUCGUCUUCGUUGAGAAAUCAGAGCUUUGGUUUUCGUUGAUGUACAACGGAGAACUUUGCAUAGUUGUCUGGCUUUCAGAGGCCCAACAAUACCCACGGUCUACAAAGCCCACAUAUCACUAACUCCAGCGAGCCCAUUCCAUUCCUCGUUUAUCAAAUAAACCAUUCGGCCCGGCCCACCAGACUUGUAGACAAAAUCCGCUGCCGCUCGACGACUUUUGUCAUAUUCCUUACGUGUACUCUACUCUGCCGAAAACCCGCACCUUUGCACCAAUCGCCGCCUGCCACGGCACGGCACCGUUUCGCCUCGGCGGUGGAUUUUCCGAAACUUAUUCGAAUCACCGGGCGAUUGGCUCAAUAGAGAGAGAAACAGACGACCAGAAAAGAAUAGAUUUUUACGUUUUAGAUAGAGAAAACGAAAACGAAAACGAAAACGAAAAGAUGCAACCUUUUUCCUUCUCCUUUCACGGCAGCCAAACACCCAAUUCCCAGAGACAAAAACCCUAAUCCGACGCUCCCCUUUUGACCUCCCCGUUCGAUCGAAUCGGUUAAAUUAUUGUUCAUCGCGAGAUAGGUAGUUUGUGAUUUGAGUGAAAUCGUUGUUUUGUUUGUUGGGAAGAAAUUAGGGAUUUUUUGGUGGUGUUGGGAUUAGAUCGGUCGGUGCUGUAUGAUCGGGACGAAGGGGUUGGAGGUAAGAUUAGACUAGAAGGGGGGAAAGGGGGCAAGAGCGAGAGAGAGAGAGAUAGGAAGAAGAAAGAAGAGAGGUUUCGAUCAGAAACUAUGUCUGCCAUAGUGUGCGGGAAGAGAUCCUUCUUUGAAGAGUUGAAUGUGACAAGCCCGCCUGUUACCAAGAGAAUCCGUUGUUCUUCGUCUUCCCCCGUUCGUUUUUCACCUCCGAGACCCAGCCCAGCCAGCAGCUUCUCCACCCCUCCGCGGUCCUCUUCUUCUGCGCAUUUGGUCGAGCAGCUCGCCGCUAUUUUCCCUGAGAUGGACAAGGAGCUCCUUGAGAGAGCACUUGCAGAAUGUGGGGAGGAUUUGGAUUCAGCCAUAAGGAGCUUGAAUGAGCUUCGAUUAGGAUCGGCUGAUAAGAAUUUGGAUUCUGAUGGUGGGAAGUGUGAUGGACUCCUUGAUGCUAAUGGCAAUGUCCAAGGCGUUGGACUAACCAAUCCAGAGGUUCCAGCAGCUGAGGAUCAUUCAGUCCCAACACAUAUUCAAAUGGAUGGUGCAGAGUGGGUUGAGCUGUUUGUUAGAGAAAUGACUAGUGCCACCAACAUGGAUGAUGCCAAAGCACGCGCAUCAAGAGCUCUGGAAGCACUUGAGAAAUCAAUCUAUGCCCGUGCAGGUGCAGAAGCAGUGAAAAACUUUCAACUGGAAAAUCUAAAGCUGAAGGAACAAGUCCAGUUACUCAUACAUGAGAACACUAUCCUCAAGCGAGCUGUGUCAAUUCAACACAUGCGGCAGAAGGAGUUCGAGGACAGGAACCAGGAAAUGCAGCAUUUGAAGCAGCUGGUGGCUCAAUAUCAGGACCAAUUGAGAACCUUGGAGGUGAACAACUAUGCAUUGACGAUGCACCUCAAGCAGGCUCAGCAAAGCAGCUCGAUCCCCGGGCGGUUCCAUCCCGAUGUCUUCUAAUUUUAUUAUACAUACAACUUGCUGAAGCAGAUAUUUAUCGAAAUAGACGGUCCGCCCCUCAUGCACUGCGAGUAUGUUUUAUAUUUUGGUAUUUGGCAUGCAUAGAUUUCAGUUCUUCCUUUGAUUCUUUCCUUAAAGGUUGGCCAAGAUUGAACUUGGAUGGCCUAUAUCAUUUAUCAAGCGUCUGGGAUGUGUGCUUGCGGUGUAGUUUAUUCCUGUCUGUACUUCGUUUUAAAAUGUUGUUCAAGCGUGUGAAUCUUAUACACUUCAGACAUUUUAAUUUCUUAUCCGAAUAAUAGCAGAAUGAACCCUCGUCGGUUUG